UAUUAUUUGCGCCGCGUUUCCGUACGGACGUUUAGCUUUUAGGGACUGUAACGUUUUGUUUAGUGUUCGCGCUGGAAACGGGGCGGGCGGAAGUGGAGAGAACGCAAACAUGAGUGAGUUUCGGAUACAUCACGACGUAAAUGAACUGCUCAGUUUGCUUCAUGUUCGCGGAGGCGAUGGAGCUGAAGUGUAUAUUGAUUUGCUGCAAAAAAACAGAACUCCUUACGUCACCACGACUGUGUCUGCGCACAGUGCCAAGGUAAAAAUCGCGGAGUACUCUAAAACACCGGAGGACUUCCUGAGGAAAUACGACGAAUUAAAAUCAAAGAAUGUGCGCAACCUCGACCCGCUCGUCUAUCUCCUGUCAAAAUUCACAGAGGAUAAAGAGACGCUCCAGUGUCUGCAGCAGAAUGCCAAGGAAAGAUCGGAAAUGUCGGCUAACGCCACCUCCAGCAGCACCACCAGCUUCAGCAUCCCUCCCACCACCACCAAGAUGUCCAUGCAGGAGCUGGAAGAGCUUCGGAAGAAACUGGGCAACGUCACAGCCAGCUCCAACGUGCAGCAGUCAGCCGAAGCCACGCGGAAGAUGCUGAGGGACCGGCACAACAAGAAGAACCCCACGCAGCCCAACCCCGUCUACCCCAACUGGGUGUACGAGCGCCCCGCCCUCAUCGGAGAUUUCGUCGUCAGCGGUUCCCCGAUGGCAGAGCCGGUCGUGCCCGUCGGCACCCUGCCAUUGGCUGCGCAGGAGCAGGCCUUGCUGGAGGACCUGCUGUACGUGCUGAUUGGUGUGGACGGGAGGGACAUCACAGCCCAGCCCGUCCUGGGCAGACAGAGCCGCUCCUUCGUGGUCGACCCGACGCUGGACAUUUCGGUGAAAGAGCUGGUGCAGAGGAUACUGCCGGUCGCAGCCAGCUACUCCACAAUCGCCCGGUUUAUAGAGGAGAAGUCGUCCUUUGAGUACGGUCAGGUGAACCAUGCCCUGACCGCAGCGAUGAGGACGUUGAUGAAGGAGUACAUGAUCCUGAUCACCCAGCUGGAGCAGCUGCAGAGGCAGGGCACGCUCUCCCUGCAGAAGCUCUGGUUCUACAUCCAGCCCACCAUGAGAACCAUGGAGAUCCUGGCGUCCAUCGCUAUCUCCGUCGAAAAGGGCGACUGCAUGGGAGGGUCCACGUUAAGUCUCCUCCACGAUCGAACCUUCAACUACACGGGAGACGGUCAGGCCCAGGAGCUGUGCCUGUACCUCACCAAAGCGGCCAGCGUCCCCUACUUCGAGAUUCUGGAGAAGUGGAUAUACAGGGGCAUCAUCAAAGACCCAUACAGUGAGUUCAUGGUGGAGGAGCACGAGCUUCAGAAGGAGAAGAUUCAGGAGGACUACAACGACAAGUACUGGGACCAGCGCUACACCAUCGUGCAGCACAGAAUCCCGUCCUUCCUGCAGAAAAUGGCCGACAAGAUCCUGAGCACCGGUAAAUACCUGAACGUGGUCAGGGAGUGCGGUCGCAACGUCACGUGCCCCGACGCCAAAGAGGUCCUGUACACGCUGAAGGAGAGGGCGUACGUGGAGCAGAUCGAGAAGGCCUACAACUACGCCAGCAAGGUGCUCCUCGACUUCCUGAUGGAGGAGAAGGAGCUGGUGACGCGGCUGAGGUCGAUUAAACACUACUUCCUAAUGGACAAGGGAGACUUCUUCGUCCAUUUCAUGGACCUCACGGAGGAGGAGCUGAAGAAGCCGGUGGAUGACAUCAUUUCCCCCCGACUGGAGGCUCUGCUGGAGCUGGCCCUCCGGAUGAGCACAGCCAAUACAGACCCCUUUAAAGACGACUUAAAGAUUGACCUGAUGCAGUAUGACGUCAUCACCCAGCUGUUGCGGGUCCUGGCCAUAGAGACCAAGCAGGAGAAGGCCAUCAUCAACGCCGACCCCGCCGACGUUUCUCUGAGCGGCCUGGAGGCCUUCUCCUUCGACUACAUCGUCAAAUGGCCCCUGUCUCUCAUCAUCAACAGGAAGGCGUUGACCAGGUACCAGAUGCUGUUCAGGCACAUGUUUUACUGCAAGCACGUGGAGAGGCUGCUCUGCAACGUGUGGAUCAGCAACAAAUCAGUGAAGCAGCACUCCCUGCACACUGCCAAGUGGUUCGCCGCAGCGUUCGCUCUGAGGCAGCGCAUGCUCAACUUCGUGCAGAACAUCCAGUACUACAUGAUGUUCGAGGUGAUGGAGCCCACCUGGCACGUCAUGGAGAACAACCUGAAAUCUGCGUCGAACAUCGAUGACGUGCUGUGCCACCACACCAGCUUCCUGGAUAACUGUCUGAAGGACUGCAUGCUGACCAACCCGGAGCUGCUCAAGAUCUUCUCCAAGCUCAUGUCCGUGUGCGUCAUGUUCACCAACUGCAUGCAGCGGUUCACGCAGAGCAUGAAGACGGACGGCGAGAUGAAGCGCCUCUCUCUGGAGCACGGGACCAUGGAGGGCCCGCCCACACAGGACGAGCGCGCCGAGGAGGCGGAGAAGAAACGGCUCACCUCCAAGUUCGUGGCGGAGCACGCCGACGCCCUCCAGUCGGACUCCGGGCUCGAGGCGACCAUCGGCAAGUUCGACAGCAACUUCAGCAGCCUUCUGCUGGACCUGCUGGACAAGCUGAGCAUGUACAGCACCAACGACUGCGAGCACAGCAUGAUCAACAUCAUCUACAGGCUGGAUUUCAACGGCUUCUACACAGAGCGUCUGGAAAAGAUGGCCAUAGAGAGGAGUCAGAAAGCAGCAGCGUAGCAACGUUUGUGCGUUGUCCUUCCUAAAGGACACGUUUCGGACAAAUAUAAUUAUUUAUCUCACCAUUGUGUACAUCUUGGGGGGGAGGGUACAUUUGUUACUCACUGUAUACCCCCUCUAAAAAAAAGGCUAAAGGGGCCUGUUUGACAUAUAUAGUAAGACAGCAUGCUGAAUUCACAUUGAACUCUGAUCCCUUUGAAACGCGAAUAUGCGCGGUCACAUGAUGUUCCUCCGUUGUGUCGCACCCAAUCGCGUCAGCACUGUGUACCAUAGAAAUGACUGAAAACAAUUAGAGUUGUCUAAACAAUAAGCACUGUGGCUUGUGGCGGUUGUUACUGGUGCAAAGCGAAACGAGUGUUGAGCUAUCAAAUGUACUUUAACGUGACCUUACGACGUGCAUAGCCAUUGUUGUGACAUCACAUUUUAUUAAUCGAUUUGACUGUAUAAUAAAACCCUUUUGAGAUGUGA